UAACCAGAUGGAGCUAUACACUGGAAUAUGGGACACCUGGAUAUUAAACAGACUUAUUAUUAUAUUAUUAUGACGUUUCUUCUGGAACUGAACGUUUCAAGCUGAGCCUCAUUCAUAUCCAUCCUGGGCCGCAUGUGGCCCUCGCUUCGCAGGUUGGACACCCCUGUUCUAUAUCAUACUUAAAGAGUAACAUCCACUGUGAACUGAGUUUGCUAAAUAAUCUAUGGCUCUGGUUUUCUUCUUGAAAUGUUUUCUGCUGAGCUGCCUACAUUUUAGAAUCAAGACACUGUCUAAUGAGAGUGGGGUUUACCCUGCUGCUUUUUGUUCACCACCUUAAAAUAUUAAGGUGCAUUACAAAUAAUAGCCCAUGGUUUGAUGUGCCGGAACGCAGACUUCUAGCUGAAUGCUUAUCCAACUCUGGCAAAGACUUGAGGUUUUAAUGCUGAGCAUAAAAAAAAGUCUUAGGUGCAGUAAUUGCUAAAACUGUAAAGUGGGCACGUGCUAGAGGGUUAAUCUCACCCCCCUCUGUGUAAUUAGCAUAUGUUCCCAUUCACUGGGGGGCUGUGUUAGCAGGCUGGCGUGUGUCAGGGUCACAAGUGCUACAGAUGUGUGGGUGGAGUUGGGAGUGUGCCUGAGGUGACAGGCCUAAACUCACAAUGUAAAGGGAUAUGCUUGGCUCCGGAUCACAGCACGCACUGUUCCUGCCCUUGUAGCAGCCAAAAUGAUGUUAGGUUUUUACAAGGAACCAGCAGGGGAGAAUGAACAUACUGCAGGCCUAUCCAGUCGUAGCCUUGUGAGAAAGAAAUCGUUAAGGACAUUUCUCCACGGACAGUCUCAGGAAUCCAUGAUGCAGGUUCAGGCUAAGUUCAUUUCUAGAGGGAGAUGUUGCCCCCUCCAAAACACCCAGCAAGCCGGUCAAGAGGGACAAGGGCGGUCAGGGGUCAGUAGAAGUUCGAGAAAGCAUAACCUCCUCUUCGAAUGCUUGACCAGCUUCUGUAAGCAGUGGUGUUUACUGCGCCAUCAUAAAACUCUCAAGAACAAGGAGCCUUGGUACCGGCGAGCCAGAAACCCACCACAUAAGAAUGAGCUGCAUUGUUGCUUGAAACAGGAGAAAUAAUUGAUUUACGCUCCUCAGUGCAAUUAAGCUAUAAAAUGUAUCCCAGAGAAAGAAUCCCUGGAGUUUCACAACAGAGUUUCACCCUUGAUAUCUGGUCCGCAAAAGAUUGGUACCCUAAUAAAGGUCAUCUUCUUAUAAGGGCUGAAUUAUUAAUCCUAUUCAGAACUGGUAAACACUAUAUAACUCUGGGAACAAUCGUUCGCUAUUCACUUAUCACUCGUAGAGAAAGGUCAGUGGUGGGAGUUUGGUUUCUUUGGUGAGAACAGUCGUUUUGAAAAGUUUGUGAUGAGGUUUUCCAUUCUUUGCAAAAUAUUAUAAUACUUCAAAUUUCUGAACUUUUGUGUGUCAGCCAUUUACUUCUCUGAGACCUCAUGUUUUAACAAGGGCUCAGACAUAUUUUGGAAUAUCUCACUUUCUUAUUUGCUGUCAGGUCCCAGGAAUGGGACCGGUUAUCCAGAAUGCUCGGGACCUGGGGUUUUCCGGAUGAUGGAUCUUUUCAUAAUUUGAAUCUUCCUACCUUAAGUACUAGAAAAUAAUUUAAACAUUAAAUAAAACCAAUAGGCUGGUUUUAUAUAUGAUGAAAAAGGGGAAAAAAGAAAGGUUAGUUUGCGGAAAAGAGGAGAACCCAACUUUUUUAAAGAAAAUUUGUUUUUUAAUAAACAGAAUUAUACUAUGGAAUUUUUAUGUUCCCUUUCUGGAGCUAAAGGUACAUUGUGAGGAGGAUCCACAGCGGGGAAAUAAUUUAUGCGCUGUCCCCAGAUUGGCUCUUGCAAGUAAGGCAUUCCUGCUAAAUUGGUGAAGGCUGCUGGAGUGAAACGGUGUUGUCAGACUUAAAGGGGAAAAAGAACAGUUCACUUUAAUAAUUGCACAAAAAGGAACUAUAUCUACACACAGGGUGUUAUAUAACCCAAUUGGAAUAUACUACACCAUAUUGUGUUUCUGAUUUCUCCGUUGCCCCAGGUGCUGGUCCACGUUUGUGAUUGUGGUUUUAUAUAUAUAUAUAUAUACACGAGAUCCAAAGUAUAUAUAUAUAUAUAUACGAGUUCUGGCAAAGUACCAGAACAUAGCUUAUUAGCUACUAUGGACGUCAGUAGUCUCUAUACCGUGAUACCCCAUGAACAAGGCAUAAUAGCCUGCAGAGAAGCAUUAGAAACACGGUCCGACAAGUCUGUUCCGACUGAAUUUCUGAUUGACCUCUUGGAGUUGGCCUUGACCAAGAAUUACUUCAGAUUCGAGAACUCAUUCUACCUUCAGAUAUCGGGCACAGCAAUGGGCAGUGCCCUGGCACCGUCUUAUGCAAACCUCUUUAUGCUACGUUACGAACAGAAUUACAUAAUGAGGGGAGCGGCAGACAAACUGAUUGCAUAUCUACGAUAUAUCGAUGAUCUGCUGUUGAUUUGGGAUGGAGAUGCUGCGUCCUUGACUGGAUUCUUUAACAUGCUCAAUUCUAUGGACACUCCAAUUAGAUUCACUUUGAAGUAUGACACAAAGAGCAUAGAAUUCCUUGAUCUGCUGAUCUUUAAGACAGAAGAUGGGCUGGGGACAAGCCUGUAUAGGAAACCGACUGACAGGAACACUAUCCUGCACGCAGCAAGUGACCAUCCACCUUCCACUAUCCGGGCAAUCCCAUACUCACAAUUUCUACGGACAAUUCGCAACAACAGUGACCCUGAGAAAGCACAACAACAACUAACGGAAACUUUCGAGAGAUUCUUGGAAAGAGGAUAUAAGAAAGAACUCCUGACUCAGCAACUUCAGAGAGCCAUACAAUUCACACAAACCGAUCUGAUUACCAGAAAAACCAAAGACAAGCCUAUCACAGAACGGAUGAUCUUUACCUCUAAAUACUCGCAUGUUUCUAAACAUUUGAGGACCAGUAUACAAAAGAAUUGGCCUAUCGUUGCCAUGGACAAUGGCCUGUCCCUCUUUGAAGCCCCACCACCCAUCUUCGGCCAUGGCAGAAACCAUAACCUUAAGGAUCUGCUGGUUAAAACAGACUUUAGUGAUAAGUCUAAGACGUCCUCUAAUUGGCUAAGCCAACAACAGAAGCUGGGCUGCUAUCGAUGCCCAGAUUGCACUACUUGCAGGUCCCUACUGAUAGGAAAAGACUUCCCUCAUCCACACACAGGCAAGCGCUUCAAGAUCCAACAUAGACUCUCGUGUACCACACCAUUUGUAGUUUACAUUGUGACCUGCCCUUGUGGGCUGUAUUAUGUAGGCAAAGCUUCCACCCCUCUACGAGAUAGGAUCGCUAACCACAGAUCAGCAAUCAGUAAGGCCAUCAAAGAAAACUCAGCUAAACAACCGGUUGCAAGGCACUUUCUACAAAUGGGACAUGGCCUGCCCACUUUCCGCUGCAUGGCGAUAGACCACCAACCACCACUGACUAGAGGUGGCAACAGAGAUCUGGCCCUCCUCAGAAGAGAAGCAGGAUGGAUCCAGCGACUGGACACGGUGACCCCUCGCGGACUUAAUGAAACACUCCCUUUGGGGUGCUUCCUAUAAAUCUUGACCCAUUGGACUAUGUACUAUAGAUCCCACUCCCUUUCCUGCAACAUUGAACAUAGAUGCCCUUAUUUGGUCUUGUAACCAAUACUUAUAAGUGAUACUUCCCUCCUCUGAUACAGAGUCUACACAGGCGGAAGUAAGACCCUGGGCCCUAUUGAUCUUGAUUUUGGCCCCUUUAACAUGAUAUGACACUAUUACUGCAUUUAUGUUCCUUUUUCCUGCUCUUCCUCGCUCCUGUAACUUGCUUUUAACCUAUAUUUAUCACCUUUUUUUCUUUCCUUUGUUCUCCCUGCCUCCGUACAUGUCAGUAACCAUUAGACCUACACCUAAAUGAGAACGAUAUUGAUCCAUGUCACAGUGCUAUGUGGGGUAUGAUGAAAGUACCCGUGUCAAAUUCAAUAAAGGCUGGUGUGGUCUCGUAAGACAGUGAGCGGAUAAACGUGAUUUAAAGGCAGAAAGCAGUCUUAAGUAAUCCGCAGCCACAGCACCAACAAGGGUGCUAAAGCACGCAGAUACUGCCUGUACUAUUGGGCGUUCCCAGCGUUUCCUUCUAAGCCUCGCUAGGCUGAACACAAACUGACACGGCUCCUCCUGUCAUACCAGCGCAGCUCAUUAAGAUUUGUUGUUAGCCGGUUGCCCCGGUAACCCCUGUGUAUGUCUAGACUCGCGUACAGCAAUCCCAGAGCGCUUAGGCGCACACCCACCUCUACACUGCGUGCUGAUUGGACAGUUCAUAUCCAGGUGCGCCGUGAUUGGCUCAUGACUAUGGUCUAUAGGAAUGGUUUUGCACUGACACGGAGACAUCCCUUUGACUUGCAACUUUCUUUCUUUUCUAACUACGCUCACUUUGCUUCACAUGGCUACACUUGCCAGAACUAUGAAUACUGCUCACUUCCUAUACUGAUCCUAGUGUGUCCACACACUUUCCCACACCACUUGAUGGUUGCUUAGCAACCAAUUUUGGCGCCAAUAAACGGCCAGGGGGUUUAAAUUCUGGGUUGGGAGUGGGUCU